AUGUGGGCGCUGGGGCCGCGGGCGCUGCGGGCCGGGCUGGCGCUGCUGGGCCUGGCGCUGCUGGCCCAGGGGCUGCGGAGCUGGGUCGCCUCCCGCCCCUUCGAGUUCCGGCCCGAGGAGAUCGCGGAGCUCGGCCGGCACCACGCGGGCUUGGACCAUGAGCAGGCCUUCUCCAAGAUCAUCGUGGAGCUGCGGAAGAAGCACCCAGGCCACAUCCUGCCGGACGAGGACCUGCAGUGGGUGUUUGUCAACGCGGGCGGGUGGAUGGGCUCCAUGUGCCUGCUCCACGCUUCGCUCACCGAGUACGUGCUGCUCUUCGGGACGGCCGUCGACACCGGGGGGCACUCGGGUCGGUACUGGGCUGACAUCUCUGACACCAUCAUCUCGGGGACCUUCAGGCAGUGGAAGGAGGGGACGACCAGAAGUGAAAUCUAUUACCCAGGGGACACCAUAGUGCACCAAUCCGGAGAGGCCACUGCUGUCCAGUGGAGCGCUGGCACCUGGAUGGUGGAGUAUGGCCGUGGCUUCAUCCCCUCCACACUCAUGUUUGCCUUGGCCGACACCAUCUUCAGCACUCAGGACUUCGGCACCCUCUUCUGCACCCUCCGGGUUUAUGCUAAAGCCUUACUCCUAGAAGCAGGUGCCUACUUCAGCCACCUGGUCCAGUGAGACCACCCUGCUCGUGCACCAGCAUGGCCUCACAGGACAGGGCACCCUUUUCCCAUCCCCCCACCAUCAUGCAGAUUGUACCAGAAAGGCAAUGGGCAAGAGCACCUCUACCCCUUUCCCCACACAGGCGUGCCAGGGUAGGCUGACCGUUAGCUGUGUCGUCCGCUUGCCACACCGAGUGCUCAGUCGGGGUAGAAACAGGCAAUAACAGAUAAUGGAUAAACCUAGAUCACUAUUUUUUUAAUAUC